GUUUUUGGUUUGUCACUAGUCACUUGUUGUUUUGGAUUGGAUUGGACAGUGGACACAGCGUUUUAUUUGAUUCAAAUUGGAAAAGUGUACAAAAAAUGGUGAAAAUUAAAAAGCGACGCACGGCAAAAUCUGGUCAAGAUGGAAAGGAAACCAGUGAUGAGAUGAGAAUAGUAGCUGCGCGAGAUCGGCUGAAAGGCGCAUUACAGGAUUUGAUUGAUCACAGCGAUGAUGAUUCGUCAUCGAGCCAAGAUGAUCGUACGCCUGUUUCACCCAAAUCACCAAAAAAAGAUAGCAGACAAACUGUUCGGAGAAGAAAGAAAAAAGAAGUGGACGUGGAUCAACAGUUUCACCAUACGUUUGUGAUGAAAUUGUUUGACAGAAGCGUGGACUUGGCCCAGUUUGGCGAUGAAACUCCGCUCUAUCCUAUUUGCCGAGCUUGGAUGGCCAAUCAGCCAAUACCUUCUAUCAAAACUGAGCCAGAGGAUGUUCCCGAGGAAGCCAAAGACGAAAGCAUGGCUGAGCCUAAAGAGAAUGACGAUGUAGUCGAUCUUGAGAACAUAAAGGAUGUGUACAAAAUGCCUCCUCCCGUGGGGCCUCCUCUCAGUCGUAUUCCAUCUCCAGAGCGAGUUGAAUUGCAGGGCAUUACUGAUGAGACUUUCCAAAUGAACACCAAUAAAGGCGUUCUUCUGAAUGAGCACAUGGAACGAUGGAUGAGAGUGAGGAGAAAAUGGCAGAAGGCAGCACAGGAUAACGAAGCUCGCUAUGCUGAGAGUGGAAAGAUACUAACAGCCAUUUACAAAAAAGCUCUGAAAGCCUAUCAACAGUGAAUCAUCAACAUGACAAUUAUUAUCAUAUUGAUGGCGCAUGACUGAAUAAUGAGUGUUGCAUUUUCGCCCAUGUAAUGGUGGAAACCCAGCUACUUGAACAUAUUAUUUCUGUACGAUAUAUUUAUCUUACUUCAUCUCUAUAUUACAAUGACCACGAUCAUUUCUAUGAAAGGAUAGUAUUCUGAACAAUCAGUGCAUUUUUUAAUAGUAAAACUUAUUUGUGCAAUGUUUGUAAAAGUAUCUAGAGUAAUAUCAAACGUAUAAUUUUAAAACGUAUUAAAUAAUAAUUGCUCCGUAGAUA